AUGGGGAAAAAGUUUUUCAUAUUUUUUGUAUUGCUUUCGUGUUUUGAAGUUGUAGAUUCCGCGGCUUCCACAACACAGAAAGAUAUUUACAAUGCCAUAAUCUCCGGUUAUACAAAGGAAGUUCGUCCUGUUUCUACAACCAACAGUGUCCUGAAUAUAGGAGUCAUGGGCUAUUUGUUAGCAAUUAAUGACUUCGACGAAGUUGCUGGUACACUUGAAACCGUCCUUGUUUUAGGAUUACAAUGGACAGAUGAGGCUUUAACUUGGUCCGUAGCAAACUACAAUAAUGUUGCAUACAUAAUUAUCCCACAAUCCAAAAUUUGGGCACCAGAACUCUUCAAUGUGAAAUCUGCGGAUACUUUUGUACCGAUCGGCAGUGGAAGUUUCAAAGUGAGUGUAAUGUAUAAUGGAGAUGUUCAAAUGAUGCCAGGUGGUAUUAUGAAAAUUAAAUGCUCGCCUGAUGUUGCCAAAUUUCCAUUUGAUGUUCAAACCUGCUCUCUUGAAAUUCUUCCGUGGAUGUAUAUGUCAAAUGAUAUUGUCCUUAGUGCUACUGCUUCUGAACUCGAUUUUACAUACUUCGAACUAAAUGGGGAAUGGACAGUGAUGGCUAGUGGAAUUAAAGCUGUACUGAAAAAUGGCUAUCCUUUUCUAACUAUCAGCAUAACUCUGAAAAGGCUACCAUUAUAUCAUAUUGUGAACACUUUAAUUCCGGUCUAUUUUCUUGGUUUCCUCAACCCGCUUGUCUUCAUCAUGCCCUGUGACAGUGGAGAGCGGUCCGGAUUUACUUUGACAAUGCUUCUUUCAUACACUGUAUUUAUGAUGGUGAUAAAUGCAUCCUUGCCUCAAACGUCCAGCCCGAUGGCUAUACUCUCAUUCGUGACCUUUGGUGCGCUUGUCUUUAGCGGUUUUAUCACUAUUUUAAACAAUUUCCAGCUGAGAAUGUAUCACAGAGACGAAAACAUUCUUGUCCCAAACUGGCUUGUGAAACUGUCAAGAACUUUAGCCUGUGUCAGUAAGAGAAAGGUGAACCCGGGUAUCACUGCUAUCGAAGAGCAUGAUGAAACGUCUGGUUCGGGAUUUAACAAAGACGAAGAUACAGUUACCUGGAAACGUGUGGUUGACGUAUUAGAUAUAUUUUAUCUUAAGGCGGAUUUUGCUGCUUCAACAGUUCAGAAGGAUAUUUACAAUGCCAUAAUAUCUGGUUAUACAAAAGAAGUUCAUCCAAUGUCCACAUCAGGCGAUGCGUUAAAUAUAUCGAUCUCGGGAUAUCUGAUUGCUAUCAACAACUUUGAUGAAGUUUCUGGUACUCUUGAAAUAGUGGUGGUUUUGUCAAUGCAGUGGGUGGAUGAAGCUUUGGUUUGGGACCUUGCAAGUAAUAGCUACAUGGGCGCUAUUACUAUCCCUCAAUCUAAAAUCUGGGCACCGGAACUCUUUAACGUAAAAGCUGCAGAUUCCUUCGAAGCCAUCGGAGGCGGAAAUUUCAAAGUAACUGUGGCAUAUAAUGGAUAUGUUUACAUGUCUCCUGGUGGAAUAAUGAAAGUCAAAUGCACGCCUGAUGUAACUAAAUUUCCGUUUGAUGUUCAGAACUGUUACAUGGAGAUUCUCCCUUGGAUGUAUACUGCCAAUGAUAUAGUCCUGUCUGCAACUGCUUCACAACUCGAUUUGACAUAUUAUGAAGCAAAUGGUGAAUGGACUGUAAUGGAAACUAGAUUGAAAUCAGAAAGGAAAGGCGACUAUUUUGCUUUUGUUGUCAGCCUUAAAAUGAAGAGAAUUCCACUCUAUCACAUAGUGAACACGGUAAUUCCAAUGUAUUUCCUUGGCUUUCUCAACCCACUCGUCUUCAUCUUGCCAUGUGACUGUGGAGAGCGGUCCGGAUACACUUUAACUAUGCUUCUUUCAUACACAGUUUUUAUGAUGGUCAUCAACGCUGCUUUACCUCAGACAUCAAAUCCAAUGGCAGCACUCUCAUUCGUGACCUUUGGAGCUCUUUUAUUCAAUAUUGAUGAUUAUAAUUCUGUUUCUGGUGUAUGGAGUCUAGUAGCAGCUCCAAACAUCGUGUGGAAAGACGACAUUCUCACGUGGACGCCAUCUUCGUAUGGCGGAAUUCAAUCUCUUGUUGUGAACCAAACAAAAAUAUGGCGUCCAAACUUGUAUAAUGUGAUUGUGGCCGAACAGUUUCGACCGAUUAGUAAUGACCACUUCCGGGCGACGAUCUUCAAUGAGGAACAAUACAUUGGAAACCGGCAGGUCUUCUGA